GGUCAGUUUAGCGCCUGUUCUUUGCGCAUUAUUUACAUGUAAACAAAAAUAUAUUUUACUUAAUGCAUAAUAAUGUCAUUGCAGGCGAAAUUCCUCAGUCAAGAUCAAAUCAACGGUUGUCUCAGUUUAUGCCAGAACAAAUCCUUCAUUUGGGAUUAAAGAGAUUCUUUGCCAAACUGUAUCCAAUCCUUAUCAAACUAAAAGUAUCUGAAUGCAUUUCAAACAAAAAUGUGUACUUCAAAGAUAAUUAGAGUAUAAAGAGUGUUUUUCGCUGUACGACCAGAAGCGCAGGGGUAAAAUGAAGGCGCAGGAUCUGCUGACGGUCAUGAGAUCUCUGGGCUGCUGUCCGACCCUGCAAGAGCUCAACAGACACUUGCAGACCCAUAAAAUCGAUAAGAGCGGCGAGUUGGACUUCUCCACGUUUCUCAGCGUGAUGCAUGCGCAGAUCCAGCAGGAGAACCCACGGGACGAGAUCCUGCAGGCCGUGAGGUUAAUGGACACGAGCAGACGAGGCUUCAUCACGGCGUCAGAGCUCAGGGCCAGACUGACAGGCUUUGGAGAGCGACUCACAGAUCAGGAAGUGGACGAGCUGCUGAGUGAAGCCGGCGUGACGUGUGACGGGCAAAUCAACGACGAGGGUUUUGCAAAGAUGGUGACAAUUCUGACCGGCCGAUGCUGAACAAACUUCAGAGCUGGAAUAAAUCAGUAGCAGAAUGUCAUUCCAGCUGAAAAGCACAGAUAUUACAGCCUCGAAAUCUUCCUAAAACAGCAAAAAUGAAAUAACCACACAAGCAUGAGCCACCUGCCAGGCUGCUUCAAUCAUUAACUAACAACCGUGGGAUUGUUUUCAAAGACACCAGAUGUGCGGCUUUUUUACUUAAAGGUUAAUAGUUGGCUUAAAGCUGACUUUUCUGAACUUUUGUUUAUACAGGCCAGGUUUCAGAUUAUUGCUUUUGUAUUUAAACUUGUGAUCACAGUGCCCUCUUGUGUUUAUAGAUUGAAUAUGAUUUUAUAUGGCAUGAAUCACAUUUCCCAGAAAUAAAUAGUCUUCCCUUAACCUUCUGGUUGAAAAACAAUAAAGGUGCAUGUGGAUCGCUAAAUGCCCACUGCUCCUUUCUCCGUGUUAAAACAUGUUUAAACAAUUUAUUAUAACCUAUAAAAAGCGAGGACUGAAAGCAAACUGUUGUUUUGUGAACCAAACCGUCUUUGCAUCACAGAGCUCAUAAAUUCCCGUGUUGUGGUGUUAUUGUUUGCAUGGGUUUAUGUGUCUGUGU